CUAGCUUACGACAAUAACGCAAAUGGUUGUUCCUAGAGAUUGGUGAAUCGAGAGCGAGGCUGGUAUGUGUAUAUUAAGUUGAGUGUGUUGAUUGAAGAAAUCAGAGUCGCUCGAAGUUGUUUACAUUUACAGAGAGAAAAAGGAAGAGACAAAGAACUGACGCAUACAGAAUCAAGGAGUUCUAGAACUGCAUAAUCAAUAACAUUUUCCACCCGAUUACGACUAACUCAUAUCUUCACCAUGGGACUGCAAUGGACUUUGAUUUAUGGAUUUUUAUGUUUUGAAAUAGGACUGUGUGUUUUAUUUAUGUUACCCUUCAUAUCACCUCUAGUAUGGCGGAAAUUAUUUAAGUCCCGCCUUUUAUCAUUUCUAUCUGACUAUUCAUACUUCUAUGUUCGGUUAUUGAUGUUGGGUUUAGGUGUUGCUUUUGUUAGCGCCAUUUCACAGGUCCGUAAAUAUGAUAUUGAUUCAGACAAACUGGAAGAUGUGACUUUAACUAUGCCUGGUGCUGCACAGAAUUACCAUAUACGUCUACUUUAUGCUCAGCGUAAUGUUUACAUCUCUGGGUUUACUUUGUUUCUUUGGAUGAUUUUAAAUCGCAUGGUCCAAUUAAUGACAGCCCAAGCUCGGCUGCAAGCUGAUUUGGAAGCAACCCACAAACAAGCUCUCAGUGCUAAUGAAGUUGCCAACAAACUCUUGAAUGCUUCGUCAUCAUCAGGGACUCAAGAUACUAAGAAUGACAAAGAGGAAAAUCUGGCUAAUUCUGAAAAGGAAGAUGCUACUAAAAAUCUUGAGGCCCUCAAGACAAAACUAAAAAAAGCUGAGGGGGAAUUAGGUGAAGCUAGAACUGAACUGAAAGAAACCCAAACUGAUCUGAUGGCCAUGAAAUCUCAGUCUGAAGCAACUAAGUGUGAAUAUGAUAGUUUAUUGGAAGAGUAUUCUGUCCUUCAGAAGAAAAUACAGCAGGAUUCAAAUAAGAAAGAUCAUUAAUGAAAAAUAAAGUGGUGGUGGUAAGGGGUGGGGGGUGGAAUUAGCUUUAAAAAAUUACUUUUAUUUUCAAAAUUUCAUUCAAAGGUUAUGACUAUAAGAACUUGUUGAGUUGAGUGAUCUUGUUUGAUCGAAAUGAAUAUAAAAGUUUGAAAUUACUAAAGUA